ACAAACAAACCGAUAAGCAACAAAUACAUUCAUACUUCUUUUUUUUGCUUCGCAAAUACAUUUCGAUUGGAAUUGUCGCCCAACAAAAUGACCGAGAAUUAGUCAUAUUGUAGUUUUGGUGGUGUAAAGACGUGCACAACAUUUCGACGACAGGAUGAACGUAGUGCGCGGAAAGCGAAAACGUGCAACGGCACAGCGGGUCAAUCAAGAUUACUUGGACUUUAAUCGCAUAAAUCCAGUUGGCGCUGAUCCAAACCAUGCACAAAAACUCUUGGACAACCAAAGCAAUGCGAAUGAUUAUUCAUUCACAACAUUGGCGACUCGCGGCAAUUCGGUUGUUAAACAAUCGAGCACAUACCUUAGCAUCACGUCUGGUCGAGGAUAUGCACAUGGUGAAGUUGGAAUUGCACACAUUGACAUCGAAAGUCCAGCGGUAAAAUUGAUUCAGUUAAGUGAUGACCCUUGGUAUUCUUCUCUCUUGAUGAAAAUACAUAUAAUCGAUCCGUGCCAAAUAAUUGUACCGCACACAAUUCACGAUGCAAAACCCGAAACAGCCGAUGGCAAAUUGGUCAAGUUUAUUCGGCAGGAAUUUCCGAAAUUGCCACUCAUCAAGGUGCCACGGCGACACUUCAGCGAAACCGAAGGCAUGGAUUUGAUCAAAAAGUACUGCUCCGAUAAGUAUAAUUACAUCAAAGAAGAGGUGGCAUCGAAAUAUUACGCUCUGUCAGCCACAUCGGGACUACUCAAAUAUUUACAGUUUAUUCACAACAUUUACUUCAAAGAGAACGGCGUGAAAUUGGACUUUGAAACGAAAUUCGCACACAUGCAAAUCGACAUCGACACAUCAUACAAACUGGAGUUGUUGACUAUAAACAAUCCGAACACGGUGAAAAGUCAUUUUCCGUCGUUGUUCGAUGUGCUCAACUAUUGUGUGACAUCGAUUGGAAAGCGAACGCUUCGUGCACGCAUACUUGAGCCGAUGUGCGAUAUUCCCAGCAUCCGUCAAAUUCAUGACUGCAUCGAAGAGCUCAAUCAGCCCGGAUAUAGUGAAUUAAGCGGCCUUCUUAUGCAGGUUCUACGUAAUUUCAAUAACGUCGAGCGAUUGCAUAAAUUGGCGCUGUUUGUGCCCCAAGACAGUAGCAUUCGUACAGCUGAAAUUCUCAUCAAUCAAGCGUUACAUUUGAAGAGAUGUUUACAGCUUGUGCCCGAACUACAAGCUCGCCUAUCGCCAUUGAUCAGCAAGAAGUUUCAUGAAAUUCAGGCAAACCUCUUGGAUGAACGGUAUGUCUCGAUGCUGAAUCACAUCGAAACCGUACUCAAUCGCAGCCUGAUCGAGUUCCGCAAAGACAGCAGCAGCCAACUGUUUCAACGCAUUCAUUGUGUUCAAAGCGGAGUGAACGAACUGAUUGACAUACUUCGGAAAACGUACCAAGAAUUAACCGCACAAGUUGAAACUCUUGUUGGUGACCUAUCGGUGAAACACGGCUAUGCCUUCAAAAUGAACUACACCGUGCAGAGAGGGUUCCAUGUGAUACUUUUGAUUGCAAAUCAUGCAAUCACACACGAUUUUCCAGAUGAAUUGGAAGUGCUGGAAAUAAAGCGAAACACAUGCUAUUUGACAACACCUGAAGUGAACAAACUCAACAUUCGAAUCCAGAAUGUUAUCGAAGAAAUAACUAUACAAAGCAAUGUUGUGAUUGCGUCCAUGUUGAAUGGAAUUAUGAAACAGAUCGAUGUCAUUUAUGAUUUGAGCGGAUUCAUUGCAACACUCGACAUAAUUUUGUCGCUUGCAACGGUCAGCGCCAAUGAAGGUUUCGUUUGUCCAACGUUCGGUGAUGAGAUGCGAGUCGUUGAUGCCGUCCAUCCGCUGCUUGAACUGAACAUACACCGAACAGCUACCACACCGAAUAAUAUCAUUGCGACUCCGGAAUACAAUUUUUUCAUCAUCACUGGACCAAACAUGAGCGGGAAAACGGUGUAUAUCAAAACAAUAGCCGUUCUUCAAAUAAUGGCUCAGCUUGGUUGCUAUGUUCCCGCCAAAAGUGCUCAGUUCCGAAUCACCGAUCGAAUCUUCAGCCGAAUGGGAUUCAAUGACUCGAUUGAGAAAAAUUUGUCCACUUUUAUGAUGGAAAUGAACAACAUGGAACACAUCAUGAAAAAUAUGACACCAAACAGUUUGGUCAUAAUUGAUGAGCUCUGUCGCAGUACGAAUCCGAAAGAAGGUGCUCAAUUGGCAUGGAAUAUCUGUGAACACUUGGCUUCAAUUCGUGGUAUUUUCAAUGACGGUAAAUAUUUUGUGAAUGACGAAAAUCAAAGUCAAAUGGAUGAAAUCAGCAGCAACGGCGCUUCUUCGAAGGAUGCAGCAUCCACAAUGGUUGGACGAACCUCAACCGCGACACGUAGUACGACUUGGAAGAACACAAAAUUGAACGUGGUGACAUCGCCGUUCAUUUUUCUCACCACACACUUCCACAGUUUGACCAAAUUGGCGAAUUCAUUCUUCAAUGUGGUGAACUUAAGCUUCUCAGCGGAACGAAUUGCAAAUAAUGAAGACGAACCAUUGAUGUACAAUCAUCGCAUUCAAGAAGGUGUCACAACGACCACAAGCUACGGCCUUGCAGUGGCAAAAACAGUGCGAUUUCCAUCCGAUCUCAUGAAGGAAGCCAUUGAACUCAACCAAAAUUUCGUGACUGGGGAAAAUACACAAAAUUCGACUCAAAACCGUCCAAAUCGAAAGCUGUCAAACAUGGGCCGGCAAAUAUUGCAACUCAAUCAAAAUGUACCUGUCGAUGACGUGGCGAGUGUUGUAUCGGCUCUCAUAAAUACGUCCACAGCACCGCGACGACGUCGUCGUUUUGUCGUCCGUUCCGAUGCAACUACUACGAGCACUGAGUACGAGGAUCAUUUGAAAAUCGAUCGUAUUCUCUACAAUGCCUUCGGCGAUAUAAUGAGCAUUGCACGAAACACCGAACUCGACUGGAUGGCACGAUACAAUGACGAAGACAAUAGCGGCAUUCCGCUUAUGGAUGCUCAAAAUGCUGCAAUUGAAACUUUCCUAUUGGAUUUUGUCCAGGAGCAACGAGAAAGUUUUGUCGAAGCGGUUGGAAACUUGAGCCUAUCGCAAGAAAUGCCGGAACCACCAGCAGACAAUGGUAACAGUGUGCGAAAUGAUGAGCAAAUCAUUCCCAGUGGUGUAUCAAUCAUGAAUAAUGCACCGAUAACAGAAGCUGUUGAUUCCGAAGCUUCGUCCAUCAUUUCGGUACAACGUGUCGUUGCACCGUUUCCUGCUGCUGUAGCAAGAAAUUCUCCGGAUCGAGAACGAUCAAUCGUUUAUUCAACUUUCGCCUCUGAAAAUGCAUCUGAAGCGGCUACCGUUCACAGUGAUCCACGGAUGAGCUCAAGCUUGAAAACUCCGUCGAAUCCAAGAACAUCAAAUUCCUGUUCAAAAACAUCAUACUCAUCGCCGACCGGGAAUCCAUUCGACAAUGCUUCGCAAUUUAGUUUUGGUGGUACAUCAUUUGCAUCAUUUCGUACAGACAUCGGUAACAUGCGAUACAGUUCCAGUUCCAGUUCGGGGAGUUCCGGCCAAGAUGAUCCAUUUCAACUCGAGCCAAUGGGAAAUUUUCAGUUUGAAAACUUCUCAAUGUUCAGUCAAAGUCAACAAACGAGUACACAGUCGCGAUUUUUCACACAACCAUUCAUGGAAGCGCAGUCGCACAGUGACUUUCACACACCGACAAAUGACGAUGACAAUUCGUUUUCGAGUAUGCACUUUUCUUUACAUCAAGGCGAUUUUGACGAUUUUGGAGCACUUGAUGCAUUCACAUUGCCGUCUUCAUCGUCGAAAACCAGCUCUGAAUCACAACAACAACGGCGACCGAACCUCAGUAAUAUUAAGAAGAAUGCAAAUCGAUCGCUUGCUCAUUUACCCACUGAAACCAACUCAGAAUCAAACACGACAAGCUCGAAAAUUGGACAACUCACAUUGGAUAACGUAACAUUUCGCAGCAGUGACAGCGUUCGCUCGGACAGCACGAGUACAUCCAAUUCCGAAAGAACGAGUCGAAAAUAUCCACGUAUUCGAAAAGCAAAGUUGGCGGCACCAUCGGUGUUUGGCGACACAUCGAAAGUUUUCACCACUCCUGCACCAAUCGUACCAAUUCCAAAGCCUACAGUUGCACAACUACCACAGAAAAGUCGACACAAUGAACGUAAAACCGACUCCAAUUAUACAAAUGCGAUGCAACGAUUGCAGCGAAUUUAUGCUAAGAUCCAUGGAAACAAAGCGAACGCAGCGACAACACAGCAAAAUCCACUGCCACAUUCAUUGUCAGGACGUCAACAAGAGCCCGGAAAUGAUGACGCCAAUGAUGAAUUUCAUCCACCACUACCGCCGCCGCAAGGAUUUGAGUGAAUAUUCAUUCACUGAACAAAAACACAAUUUUUUCGAUUUAAUUUUUGACACAUAGAAAAACGUAGGAUUUUCCAAUUUUUCAACAUUUCAAUCCAAUUGUAACUUUUGCUCUGAUUUUCGAAAGAAAUCUAUCUGUGCUAUAUAACGUUUACUUUUUCAUGUUGUUCCAUAUGAACCGAAUACAAAAGAACGAAAAUGUAAUUCAUUCCAUGUCACAUUUCUAUGAAUAAAUCAGCUGGUUCAUUUGAAAGACGAAGAGCAUAAAUAAUAAAA